CGCGCGCAGGCGCCCACCUCGUUACUAAGGGCGGGAGCCCGGCGAGGGCGCCGGUGGCUUGUGGUGUCUCAGGCGCUCGGCGUCGAAUCCCGGCCUCGCUCGCCAUGCCAAACCGCAGGGCCAGCCGUAAUGCCUACUAUUUCUUCGUGCAGGAGAAGAUCCCCGAACUACGGCGGCGAGGCCUGCCCGUGGCUCGCGUGCCCGACGCCAUCCCCUACUGCUCUGCUGACUGGGCGCUCCUGAGGGAGGAAGAAAAGGAGAAGUAUGCAGAAAUGGCUCGGGAGUGGAGAGCAGCCCAGGGAAAGGACUCCGGGCCGUCGGAGAAGCAGAAACCUGUUUGCACCCCACUGAGGAGGCCAGGCAUGCUUGUACCAAAGCAGAAUGUUUCACCCCCGGAUAUGUCAAGGUUGUCUCUAAAAAAUGAUCAAGCUCUCCUAGGAGGCAUUUUUUAUUUUUUGAACAUUUUUAGCCAUGGUGAACUACCUCCUCAUUGUGAACAGCGCUUCCUCCCUUGUGAAAUAGGCUGUGUUAAAUACUCUCUCCAAGAAGGUAUUAUGGCAGAUUUCCACAGUUUUAUAAAUCCUGGUGAAAUUCCACGAGGAUUUCGGUUUCAUUGUCAGGCUGCAAGUGAUUCUAGUCACAAGAUCCCUAUUUCAAACUUUGAAUCUGGGCGUGACCAAGCAACUGUGUUACAAGACCUUUAUGGGUUUAUUCACCCAAACCCAGGAAACUGGCCACCUGUCUACUGCAAGUCUGAUGACAGAGCCAGAGUCAACUGGUGUUUGAAGCAUAUGGCAAAGGCAUCAGCAAUAAGGCAAGAUCUAGAGCUUCUCACUGUAGAAGAUCUUGUAGUGGGGAUCUACCAGCAAAAAUUUCUUAAGGAGCCCUCUAAAACCUGGGUUCGGAGCCUCCUAGAUGUGGCCAUGUGGGAUUAUUCUAGCAAUACAAGGUGCAAGUGGCAUGAAGAAAACGAUAUUCUCUUCUGUGCUUUAGCUGUUUGCAAGAAAAUUGCAUACUGCAUCAGUAAUUCUCUGGCCACUCUCUUUGGAAUCCAGCUUACAGAAACUCACGUACCACUUCAAGAUUACGAGGCCAGCAAUAGUGUGACCCCCAAGAUGGUUGUAUUGGAUGCAGGGCGUUACCAGAAGCUAAGAGUUGAGAGUUCAGGAUUUUCUCAUUUCAACUCUUCUAAUCCGGAACAAAGGUCAAACACACCCACUGGUGACUAUCCAUCUGGGGUGAAAAUUUCUGGCCAAAAGAGCAGUGUUCGGGGAAGAGGGAUUACACGCUUGCUAGAGAGCAUCUCCAAUUCCUCCAGCAAUAUCCACAAAUUCUCCACCUGUGAGACUGCACUCUCACCUUACAUGUCCCAAAAAGAUGGAUACAAAUCUUUCUCUUCCUUAUCUUAAUGAUGGUACUUUUUUCAAUUUCUGGAAAAAUAACAGGCCCAACUUCCCUUCUGACUACAGCCAUAAUAAACAGAUCACAUCAAGGAUAAAUGUCACUACUGUAGAAACUACUUAAUUUGUAAGGCGAUUCUGUUUCAUAGAUUAAAAUUAAUUGUGGCUGGAGAAGAUCUUGGCACUUUUGCUUUUCUUUUCUGAGGGCUUGUUCUACUUCCUGACUGUGUGGUGUGAACGCCAUCAAAGUGUGAGUCCUUUACAAACAAAACUGGCAUUUUAGAGCUGUACUUUUGGGAAUGUUUUGAUAAUCUUUUCCUCUACAAUAAAGAUACUGAAUAUCUGUUA